CUUGAGCGUUUAGAACAAAAAAAAAUCUCGUCUGACUAAAAACCCCAGUAAAACCUCAGCUCUCAUCGACAGCCAUAGCUACCAGAUAAAGUUUUUCCAGUAUAUACUCCCUUCUCUUUUCUGGGGUUUUUCAGUGUGUUCUUUUCUUUCUCUUUAUCCUAAAAAUGGCAGCUUUGUCUCUUCACAAUUUCAAUCAUUUCUGUUCAAUUCUCUUCUCUCCUUCUCCUUCUCCUUCUCCCUCUCCCUCUUCUUCUUUGAAUUCGGGUUUUGCUUUGAGCAGUGGAGAAAGCCUCAAGAGAGGGAAGUUCUUGGCGCUAUUGUCAACUCACUCUAAUCCCAAAAUUCUCAAGUCUAAUAAGAAGUCGAGGUACGGUCAAACGGUUAAUCCUUAUGAUACUGAGGAGGAGGAGGAGGGGGAAGAAGAUGAAGAAUUUGAUGAAGACGAUGAUAUGCAAGGAGAUGAUUGGUUGAUGAAUGAUGACUUUGCUGAAACUCAUGCAUUCAAUGUUAAUGGCAAGAAAUUUAAAUCACAGAAGGGAAGCAGUAAAGAAGGAAACCAAAGACCGCAUGAACAACACCAUGGGUCAAAAGGAUUGAAAUUGAGACACGGUCUUGUCGUUGCUGAAGACAGAAUCGAUGUCAGAAAAGGUAAUAAUGUUCUGAAGAAGAGCAGUGUACGAAAUUUUUAUCAUCCUUCUAACCAAAUGAAGGAAGUUGGUUCCUUUGGUAAAAGUGGAGGAGGAAAGCUGGUGUCGAAGACAUCUCGAGAAAACAGAUAUCAAUGGCUGGCAGAUGAAAUUGAUUUGGAUGAAAAAUGGUUCCCUCUUCUCGAUUACCUAAGUACAUUUGGGCUUAAAGAAUCACAUUUUAUCCAAAUGUAUGAGAGACACAUGCCUUCUCUUCAAAUCAAUGUGUGUUCUGCUCGGGAAAGGUUGGACUACUUGUUGAGUGUUGGUGUGAAGCAGGGAGACAUUAGAAGAAUACUUUUGAGACAACCACAGAUUCUAGAAUACACAGUGGAGAACAACUUGAAGUCCCAUGUGGCUUUUUUAAUAGGUCUGGGGGUUCCAAAUCCCCGAAUAGGGCGGAUAAUUGCUUCUGCACCUUCUCUGUUUUCAUAUAGUGUUGAGAAUUCAUUAAAACCCACAGUAAGAUACUUGAUUGAGGAGGUUGGUAUUAAAGAAAAUGAUUUAGGUAAAGUUGUGCAGCUGAGCCCUCAGAUUCUAGUUCAGCGGAUUGACAUAUCAUGGAAUACUCGCUAUAUGUUUCUCUCAAAGGAGUUAGGAGCACCCAGAGAUAGUAUUGUGAAGAUGGUAAGAAAACAUCCCCAGCUUCUUCAUUACAGCAUUGAUGGCGGAUUAUUGCCCAGGAUAAAUUUCCUAAGAAGCAUUGGGAUGCAUAAUUCUGAUAUCUUAAAAGUCUUGACUAGUCUUACACAGGUGUUAUCUCUGUCUCUGGAGGACAAUCUAAAGCCUAAAUACAUGUACUUGGUCAAUGAACUUAAUAAUGAGGUGCACUCCUUGACUAAAUAUCCCAUGUACUUGAGCUUAUCAUUGGAUCAGAGAAUUCGACCCCGCCACCAGUUCUUGGUUUCCCUAAAGAAGGCUCCAAAGGGGCCAUUUCCUCUUGGUUCAUUGGUUCCAACUGAUGAAUGCUUUUGCCAGCAGUGGGCCGGAACUAGUUUAGAUAAAUAUUUGGCAUUUCGUCAGAGGUUGCUACUCAAGGAGUUCGCAAAGAAAUAUGAAAAGCAUUGAUAACAUGCCUUAAAGCUUCCUUUACUAGUACGGAAUUCCUGUAGCAGAUUGGUCUCUAAUCAACUUUAAGCAAUCUAAUAUCCUAGUUCUCUGAAACUACUCAAGAGGUUUUGGAAUGAUGCUCUGACUACAAAAGCCAUAAGCCUUGGUUGCUGCUGAAGGGGUUUGCGGGAAAUCUGAACGCAAGGUUGACCUGAAAUUCUGUCUACUUCACUAACAUGGGAAUCAGAGCAACGGAUUGGUCUCAUCAUAUGGUUCAAGAAGUCUAAUAUGCUAGUUUUUCCUGAAAUUCUUCAGGAGGUUUUGAAGUGAAAUUAUUCAGGAGGUUUUGAAGUGAAAUUCAGUUUAUAAGUUCAACAAGCCUUUGCAGUUGCUUCAGUGUUGCAUAGGCAUAUGACGAUAAAACUCUCAGUCCAAGGCAUGUAGAUGAGAGUACUUUACUAACUUCUGGUGACUGAAAAUGAAAGUGACCUCGAGGAGAACCCUGUAAAUUUAAGGUUGACAUCCUGACUGUAAUCAAGAGGACAAGUUGCAGUUAUACAAUUGAUACUUCUUCAGAUUUUCCUUUUUACUUUCUAUUACAUUUUAUGAAUGAUAAUGGUACACUAGCCAUUUCCUCACCUCUCCCCCCCUCUGCUCAUCUUAUUGCAAACAUCUAUCCCCGCAUUCCACUGUGAUGGUAUGAGUGAAUGAGGUAAUAGCGUCAGCAUCCUGUAAAACAUACGUAUCAAUCAUUUUUUCCGACUGACAUGUUUUAAGAUUUCAUUCUCUCUUCUUGCUUCUUUGUAACAUGUACCGUUGAAUCAGUCCCCUUUAUGUAUUUCAGCCUGAUGUGGGUUGACUAGGUUGGAUUUGGAAAGUGGUUCAUUAGUUCAAGUACACUGCAAGUUCAUACAACUGUUUUGUUCUUACCUUUCAGUUUCUUUCCUCCAUUUUUUUGCAGAAACCAAACCAAGAAAUGGUUAUUAUAACUAACUGUAGAUGAAUUAUCUUCUCAAGAAUGGUGGUAGAAAAUAUUGAUUAGAAAUCAGGGUAUGGUCUUGCUUUCUCUCUAACAUAAGAAGAAAGAUAAUCACAUUUAGAUAUAGUUAGAAUGUCAAGUGGAUAAGAGAUCAUGUCAACCACAUCCGUUAAUGGAUUGAUGGUUGAUGGGACCUGCAGAGUGCUGAAGUAUGAGCAAUGCCUUUGGUUGUAAAGUCUUUCUCACCAGCUUUGUUUAGAGGUAAUUAUUUUCGCGUGAAUUGCGGAGUUAAAUCCUGUUUCUAGACACAGAUUUGUAGAUGUAUUCAUCUAAGUCCAGUUUGGGUUAGGAAAUAUUAUUACAAGGACCCACCAAAUGGGGGUGUCAACCUCACAAAAUUGUUCUGCUAGACAGAAGAAGAUGGUGAAUGAGACAACCUCAACAAUGCUGGUUUGUCUUUUCAGAACCUGUUGCUCUCCAUCUUUUUACCAAGUUAAUCUAUGUUUAUGGCAAAUCUCAGCACUUGUCACGGGCUGACAGCUUAAGCACCUUGUCUUGCGGUCUUUGACACCCCUCACACACCCAAAGUGGUGUAAGUCAGCCUGGAAACUGCUUUUCCAUCCCAAAGAUGGAAUCAACAAACUACAUGCGCAAUGUCACGCUUAAUGCUUCAAAAUUAGGAUCUUGUUAACCAUAUGUUAAGAUAACACGUGUCGUGCAUGAAUGAUCGAAAAGGGGUUGAAUAUGUGGAUGCCAUGUGGGUUGGUUUGGUGACAAAUAAAGUUGUCUGUCGGAUCGCUGAGGAGCUGGCAUAGGAACACAAUGUUCCAUGAUUUCUCCGUCUCCUAGGGAGAGUCAGUUGACUCCCUCGGCCAUUGCAAAACCUAGUCAAAUUUUGUAAGUUUCUUCCCUCCAAUGACAAGCUUGGAAACAGUAAAAGCCAAUUUGAAAGUCACAAGAAAAAUUUGAGAGGGAAAGGAUGAAUUUAUUUUAAGUUGUUGAGAGCAUCAAUGCACAGUUCCCUUCUCAUCUUUAGCCAUCAACGGUGGUUGCAUAUUCUUAGGCAUUAAAAGCCGGCAACAAUAGAUAGGACGAAACUUGUUUAUCUGCU